AUGCCUCCCAUCCGCACCUCGCGGACCCGUAAACCCCCGCCAGACGGCUUCGACGACAUCGAAGACACCCUGCUCGAGUUUAGCAACAAGAUGAAAGAUGCAGAAAACGCCUCGCAUGAGGGCAAGAAGAGGCACGAAGUCCUCUGGCCGAUAUUUCAGAUUAGCCAUGCGCGAUCCCGCUACAUCUACGAUCUCUACUACGAAAAAGAAGCCAUUUCCAAACAACUAUAUGACUGGCUGCUGAAAAAUAACUAUGGGGAUGCCUUGCUUAUUGCGAAGUGGAAGAAGCAAGGUUAUGAGAAGGUGCGUACCUGA